AUUCUACUCAUAUGAAUGAUUCAUCACUAAAAAAGGCACUGUCCCAAAACUCGAUCUCAUCCGCGCCAAGGCGUCCUCAAAAACUUGGAAGUGUGCAGAGUAUUGUAAGAAAUGAAUCUGACAAAAAUGUUCCUUCUCCUUUCGAAGAGAUCACACUGAGCGACGAUGAUGAAGAAGCACCGGCUAAGAAACCUGUAAAAUGUGCGACGUGUGCACGAGAUAUGACUCUUUGGAUGAAUUCCAGAAGAGAUAUUCAUGUAAAAGUUUGCAAAGCGAAACAAUCAGAGAAGGAGAAGGAAACUACAAGAAAAUCGAAAACACUCACCGAAACCAUAGAAAAAGAUGAUCAAGUUUAUGAGAAGCCAUCUUCAAAGACUCAUCUAUUUGAAAAACCUUUCGAAAAACCACAGGAACUUCCAAAAUCAUGGGAGCUAUCGAAGAACAACGUGAAAUUUGCACGAAUCGCUGAGGAUGAUGAGGAAAACCGAAAACGGAAGCGUCCUCGAUCGUUUGCAGUUGUGGAAUUGGCACCGAAAAAGUGUCAAUGUGAGGUUCUUACGACACUUCAUUCAAGAUUUAUUGACGAGUUUCACAGUAAAUCUAUCAAAAAUCAAAAGAAACGAGAGGAAGGAGUGACUGAGCAUGCGUUUCAAAUGAAGAAAAUGAUUGAAAAAAUUUCCCGAUACGAACAACUCUCAUCUGACAUGCAAAAAGUUCUUGAUGACAAUUCUGAACAAUUACCAACUCACAUUUUCAUUACCUGCAGUGAUGGUCAUCGUGUAAAAUGUCAGACAAUGAUCUUGAAACAUCGGACAUCACUUAUCAGACUGAACCCUAAAUCUGAAAAUAUUCAAGUCGAGCACACAAAAGAAGUUGUGAAAGCAUGGAUUUCAUUUGUAUUCACUGCAAAUAUCGAAUGGAAUGAUGAUGAUAAGGAUGGUGUGAGGGAUUUGGCUUCGAAGUAUGGACCUGUAGGAUUAGACUUGAUUGUGAAAAAUGAUAAGGAGGAAGAUCUUGAGAAAGUCGAUGAUGUUGAGGACGUGGUAGAGCCUGAAGCUAAGAUAGAUUCUGUAGUAGCUGAUCCUGUAGAAAUAGAGCCAACUGCGUCUCAUAGCGACCCAAUCGAACUUGAUAAAUCUGUGAACUACUUCACAUCUGAUGAUCCUUUCUUUGGAUUCGGAAAAGCUGUCGAAAAUGUGGAAGAUGAUGCAGAACAAAUCAUGGAAGAUAAACCACAUGAAUCAGUACACUCUACUCCACAGAAACCAACUACUAAUGUGACAAUGGAUUCAUUCGAUGAAUGGAGCAAUCAACCGUCUACAAAUCUUCCAACUACAUCCAAUGUCAUUACUCCAAUCCGCAACAUUACCUCAAAAGCUGUCUUCGGAUCCCAUGUCAAAAUUCUGAAGACCAAUGAUAUAACUCCAAUGCCUGCAUUCGAUUCAAUGGAAGAAGCAGAAUUAAAAGAACGAAUGAAAGAGAUCGGGAUGCGGCCAAAAGGAAAGAAAGCGAUGAUUCAGAUUCUGAAGAAAGCAUAUAUCACAUUACAUCCAGAAAUUUGCUCAGGAACACCUACAAUUCGUCCGCUUGUCAGAUCUGCAAGUUUAGAAAAGGUUUCGGAACAAGGAGGAAAGGGUGGAAGGAAAACAAUCAAGACGAAGACAUUAAGUGAAAGAAUGAUUGCAUCGCCGAAGAAAGUUUCUCCUAAAAAGCAAGGAGUCAAGAAUGCUAUUUCUGAUGAAACUUCCAAAAAUGUAUCCAAUGUUUCCGAUGAUCUGGAUGAAGAUAAUGAUGGUGAUAAAACAUUGAAUAUAUCAAAUGACGAGCGAGAAGUUGGAAAAAUUUGCGGUGAUGACGUUGGAGACGAUGAAGAAGAUGAUGAUGAUAUGUCAGCUUCCAGUACCAGUGGCAAACAUGACUUGAGUGCAUUGAAAUUGGCAUUUUUAACAUGGCUUCGAAGUGAUCAGAAUACAGUUUUACAUGAGCACAUUCUCUCACUCCAACCUGUAUCCUUGGAAGAAAUGUUGAUUCGUCUAGAGAAAGCUGACGGCCCACUUGGAAGGAUUGGAAAAGGAAAACUGGUGAAAUUACUGGAAAUGCUGAAAAUCACGUACCAACUUCCACAGAAGACGGGAAGAGCACGUGGCGGCUACAAAAGAAGACUAUAACAAUUUUUUCCAUGCAAUUUUAUGAAGAGAUAAUUAGGAA